AAGAGCGUCCCACUCGUACCUCCUUCCCAGCCAAAGGCGUAGCCUUUGGUUUAUUAUAACAACGUUACUCAAUUGGGCAAGUAACUAAACACCGGCGGCGACUCAUGUCCUUAUAUGACCCCAUCAGGCUGUCCUGACUCCCGCUGCCACAGCGAUCCAAUUUCAUGGUCUUUCAUCAUUCUGUACGCUCUGCUCCAUUCAUCCUUCAGGACAGCCAGAUGGCAGCGGCAGCAUCGGCACCGGCACCGGCAGCGGCUGAUGGUGAGCAGAGUUUAUCCAGAAAGCCGCAUCCCAACUACUCCAAGUGCGCCUGCCUCCUCACCGUCAACGUGAUUCUCCUUCUACCGCUGUUCUUCUCGAAACCAGCCGUUUCCAUCACUACCAUCAAUUCCUUGCCUGGGUUUUCUGGUUCUCUUCCUUUCAAUCUUGAAACUGGAUACAUAGGGGUGGGGGAGAAUGAAGAUGUGCAGCUUUUCUACUACUUCAUCGAGUCUGAAGGGAACCCCAAGGAAGAUCCUCUUGUACUCUGGCUCAAUGGAGGUCCCGGCUGCUCUGCCCUCUCCGGACUUCUGAUUGAGAUAGGUCCUAUCCGCUUUAAUGUUGUUGAAUACAAUGGCAGCUUACCAUCGUUAGUGCAGAAUCCAUACUCAUGGACGAAGGUUUCCAGCAUAAUCUUUUUAGAUGCACCCGUUGGAGCUGGAUUCUCAUAUUCAAGGACAUUGCAAGGUUCCAAAACCGGAGACAAAAGCUUUGCUGAUCAAUGCUAUGAUUUCUUAAGAAAUUGGUUGAUCAGUCACCCAAAAUUCCACACAAAUCCAUUUUAUGUCUCUGGAGACUCAUAUAGUGGAUUAAUUAUUCCAAUUGUUGUUCAAGAAAUAGCAGAUGGCAUUGAAAAUGGUCACCAACCAUCCAUCAAUCUUAAAGGUUAUUUGCUCGGGAAUCCGGUGACUGACAUAAAUUUGGACUUAAAUUCAAGGAUACCAUAUGCUCAUAACAUGGGACUUAUUUCUGAUGAACUCUAUGAGUCGAUUAAAAGAACUUGCAAUGGAGAAUAUGUACAAGUAGAUCCAGAGAAUUUGGAGUGUGCAAAGGAUCUUCAAUAUUUCUCAGAGUGUACUAAACAAAUAAAUCACUUACACAUCCUGGAGCCUGAAUGCAUUUUGAUUUGUGGGCUGUUGAAUGAUAUGGUUAAUGAGGGGAGAUAUCUCGAAGGGAACUAUGUAGAGGCCCUGCUUACUCAAACUCAACUUCCUGAAGUUAGGUGUAGGAAUUACCCCGACCUACUCUCCAAUGUGUGGGCAAAUGAUGUUGGCGUCCAAGAGGCGAUCCAUGUCCGACUGGGAACUGUAAGGCUAUGGGAUAGGUGCAGAAAAGGCAUGGAUUACAUCAAAGAAGUCUUGCAUACUGUAGAAUAUCAUAGAAAUCUCACUACCAGAGGUUACCAGGCUCUGAUAUACAGUGGUGAUCAUGACAUGACCAUUCCAAUUUUAGCAACCAAAUCAUGGGUUCAAUCACUCAAUUACUCUAUUAUUGAUGACUGGCGGCCUUGGCUGGUUGAUGGUCAAGUUGCAGGAUACUCUAGAGUAUACUCAAAUGGCUUGACUUUUGCUAGUGUAAAGGGAGCGGGUCACACAGCUCCGGAGGAUAAACCUAAGGAAUGUUUUGCCAUGUAUAAGAGGUGGAUAUCUCAAGAACCUUUGUAGUGGCAGCUCCUUUCAGGCUACAGAUUCCAAAUCUUCAGGAGUUAGCUGAUGAUGGUUUGCCUUACAGUGGACAUGAAGAGCCUGUGAUGAGGUUGCCAUGACGUUGUUCUUUAAUGAAUACUGCAUUAUGACCAAAACUAUGCAGUUAGUCCCACUGUAACCUUAUUUCUUUGACAUUAAGUCCUUACACCUCUUCUCUUCUAUUCCUUUUUUCUUGAAAAA